AUGGGCCAAAACAAGCUGAAACGCUACUUAACCACUAAGGGUUUUCAGCUCAUGCGCCACACUCCAAACCGAGAAACCCCAAAGCUCUCUCUCAUCCCAACGAGCAACAUGCAACCUCGGAGAAGCUCGCGAUUGAGACAAUCACUGGAGACUCAAAGCUCUCUGCCAUCACCGAUCAACCCAGAAUCGUCGUCGCGUCAGCGGAAGUAUUCCCGCAAACGUCUCCGCCGCCCCACGCCGGCUACUCCGCCACCCCCGGAACCUGAGGUUGAAUCUCUCUCUGAAGACAACACAGAUGAUGACGAAUCCGACGCAUCUCUGGAAGAAGCUGCCUCUGAUGAUUCUCAAGAUGAACAACCGGACGAGUUUCUUUCAAAAGGACCAAGAUACGAGGAGAGUCGCCAAGAGUUCCAGACCCUGAUUCAAGCCAACCCUGCGCUUCUCCGACCGUCCAGGGCACCAAUCAACUCUCGAUUUGCUACAGUGGAAGCGACUGAAAGGUAUCGGGAUCUGAAGAACAGGAAGUUUCUUGUUCAGUACCGUCUCCCAUUAGACGAAGAGAAUCUUCAAGAUGUCAAGAAGGUGAUUGUGGACUCUAGACUGAUUUACACGGUCAUUGACUCUGACCCCUUCAAACCUAGUGUGAUAAGACAGUUCAUCGCAAACCUGGUGGAUGCCGAGCCUCGAGAGGAUGGAGUUGCAGUCUAUGUUAAAGGCUCACUGGUUAACUUCUCUCCAAGCCUGAUCAACUCUCUGUAUCUCAUUCCAUCAUGUGAGGAGGAUCCUGACUGGUCAACCUAUAACAUGGAUCGAGUGUGUACGUUUCUGACCAACAAGCAAAUCCGCCGCUGGGAGGAUAUGAGCUCCAAGUUUCUCACUGCCACAAAUCAAGUGCUGUACAAACUUGUUUGUGCCAACUGGAUUCCAACCACAAGCUACACAGCCAUGAACCCAGAACGUCUUCGAUUCAUCUACAUGCUCUACCAUGACCGCAAGUUCGACUUCGGAAAGCUUGUCUACAACCAGAUCAUGGCAAUGGCUGAGAACACGAGAACCGAACGCACUCGAAGAAUCAUCUUCCCCAACCUAAUUCAGCAAGUGUUGCUGUUCCAACGCAACGUUCCUCCGGACUCUGACGAUGAGGAAUUCACUGGCAUGCCAAAGAAGGUAGUCAAAGACAAGAAGGCAGGCUUAGGGUCUGGAACCGAGUCUAGGUCACCUAACCUUGAAGAAGACAUUGAGCAUGCUAUAGCUGGUCUCAAGGCCAUCAGCAUGCGACUUAGGAGGGGAGAAUACCCACAUCAGCAGCAGAAUGAAGACAGUGAUGGUGGAAGUGACUGA